AUGUCAUUCGGUAGACCGGGAUUCGCAGAUACGUUCAAAGUAUCACCACCACAACGAGGUUCUUUCCCACUUGAUCACGAUGGAGAUUGUAAAGACGCAAUGAUCUCAUACCUCAAAUGCCUUAAAUCAAAUGCGAACGAUAACGGUAAAUGUAGAUUACAAUCUAAGAAAUACUUGGAAUGCAGGAUGGAUAACAAUUUAAUGACGAGGGACGAUAUGAAAAAUCUUGGGUUGGGAGAUGUAGUUGAUCCUGAUUCACCAACGACAAUCAUCUCUCCUACAACGACGAUAUCAUCGACACCAUCGAGCACACCAUCGCCCGCACAAAACGCCCAACCGAAACAACCUAUUCAACAAGAAAGAAUAUGA